GUUUGUUUGGUUUUUCAUUUAUUGAUAAAGCAACCGUUUGUCGUCUUCGUAUGUUCAGUUGAUUUUUAAAAUUCAACCGAUUCGGAAGGUGGUUUUUACUAAUAUAUACGUUCGUGCCUUAUACCCAAAGUGUACUUGUAUAGUAAUUAUUAUCGCCGCUCAAUUGAAAGUGGAAAUUGUUUUUAUUGAUCAAAUUUUGAUUUAUAAUUAAAACGAAAACGGAAAAAUAAUUUUCUCAGACAAAAAAUAAAUUUUGAUUAGUGAAAUAAAAUGAGUGCACCGAAAAACAUUCCUAGACGGCAGAGUAUUCCCAUUCUGUAUACGAAAGGCACGCAUUAUGAUGUUGGAUUUGACAUGGGCCGAACAUUUGGUGCCAUAAUCAAAAACUUUCUUUUACUGUCAGAACCAUUGAACGAGGAGUUCAUCCCAAUUUACAAUACACCGAAAGGAAAGGAAAUCUACAAUGAAACUUUAAAUUCUGUGAAAGAAUCAUUUCCGCAAUACAUUCGAGAACUUGAAGGUGUUGCAGAAGGCGCUCAGGUUGAAUUUUAUAAGCUAUUUUUAUUGCACAUGGAUGAUAUCGUGCCAAGUGCAGCUGCCCAAAAGAACACCAUCGAUCAACCAGUGGGAUGUUCAACAAUUUGCGUCAAUCAACCCGAUUGUCAAAUUCUUGGUCACACUGAGGAUGCUUUGUCAGAAGUGCUAAAUCAUUUCUAUUUCGUGUCGGCUCACAUAAUCAGCGAUGAACCACAAGGAAAAUAUAAUGUUACCGAAGAGAGGUUCACAUCUUUAUGUUACGCGGGACAUUUACCUGGUUAUACAAUGAACUACAAUCACCAUGGCUUGAUAUUUUCGAUAAAUACGCUGAGCGCUAAAAAUUGUUUAAGCGGAAAAACUCCUCGCCACUUUAUCACCAGAGCCUUGUUGAGUGCUGAGAACUUUGUCCAGGCUCAGACUAUACUGCGAGACAAUGGGGUUGGUGCUGGUAAUGGAUGUUCGGUCAAUAUGACCUUCCUACGCCAAGAAGGAAAUCGAUUGUUCCAUAAUGCUGAAAUGGGGCCGGCUGAAAAGGGAACGAAUCAGUCGCAAUUGAAUGUGUUUACUGCCAGUCCCGGGGAGCAAAUUAUUCAUGCGAAUAAAUAUUUGAGACUGUCCGUGCAAGAAGUCACCGGAUUGAUAAUUGACUCGAGUGAAGAUCGUAUGGCGACAUUUUGUUCCUUUCCGCCGCCAAAAACAAGGGAAGACGUUAUCAAUAUGUUGGGCGAUCGGUCGGGAAAACGACAUUGUGUAUUCUGGGAAAAUAAUGGCGAAGAACCGGUUAAAACCGUUGCCGUUGGAAUUUUUGAUUGCUUGAAGCAGACAUGGUCAAUUUAUUCGGAUAAUCCGAAAUUCAAUGAGCCACUUGUUGUUCUUCCAUUGGUACUUAAAGAGCAGCCAAUUAUCAAUAACAACAAAGUUUAAUCGUGUUUCCUACUUCAAUGGUCUACUCAUUCCUAAUAGUUUUUAUUAUGUAAUCAUUUUGACUAUUUUUUAUUAUUAUUAUUUAACGGUUUAGCCACGGCACAGUAAAAUAAACCAGGCAGUAGCGGUUCAUUUUCGAAACGUCAAAUAAGGGACCUAAUACACUGUAUGAAAAUGAACUCAAAUGAACACUGACAUAAAUUGAAAAAUUUUAUUCGCAAAAAAUAUAGCGCUACUAGAUGAUAAAGGUCCCUAGUCAACUCAGGGCUCCUGCCUGGUUAACUUUAUUCUGUCGUGGUUUAGCUAUCAGAAACUGUACCUACUGUACUUAAUAAAACGUUCUACGAUUAUUAUCAAAUGCGUC